AUGGAAACCCAGACAUCCUGCUCGCCCUCAGACAUGAACGCUGUCACCCCGAGGACGGUGGCGGGCUUCAGAGGGACGGUCCGCUACGCUUCAGUCAACGCUCACAAAAACAAGGAAAUGGGUCGCCAUGACGACCUGUGGUCGUUGUUUUACAUGUUGGUGGAGUUCGCCGUUGGGCAGUUACCGUGGAGAAAGAUCAAAGAUAAGGAACAAGUGGGUCAGAUCAAAGAGCGAUACGACCAUCGGAUGCUGCUCAAACACAUGCCGUCAGAGUUCAACAUCUUCCUGGACCACGUCCUCGCCCUCGACUACUACACCAAACCAGACUACCAGCUGCUGAUGUCGGUGUUUGAGAACAGCAUGAAGGAACGAAUCAUUACUGAGAACGAGCCUUUCGAUUGGGAGAAGGGAGGAAGUGAUGUCACGCUGUCGACCAGUGCCUCCACCCAACCACAGCACAACACCCGGCCCACCGCCGCCAUGGUGGGAGCCAUCGUGACGCCGGUUCCUGGAGAUCUCCAGCGGGAGAACACAGACGACGUUCUGCAGGACGAACAUCUCAGUGAUCAGGAGAACGCCCCCCCGGCCCCGCCCAGCCGGCCCCCCGGCGAGACGGGCGUCCCCCACGGCGGGGAGACCGGAGAGAACUGGGAGGACACGGACUUCAACCGCAACAGACUCAGGAUCAGUCUGAACAAGGGGGCUCAGGAGGAAGAGGCGGGUCGGGGGGCGUGUCCAGUGUCGCCGGUUCGAGGCGGAGUCCCGGAGUCGCCGACAGGUCAGGGUCGGUCUCUACGGUACCGCCGAGUCAACAGCCCCGAAUCUGACCGCCUGUCUGCCGCUGAGGGCCGAGCCGACGCCUACGGACAGAGGUCCAGGAUGGACAUACUCGGCUCUCCGUCUCGUCACGUCUACUCCUCCCAGCCGGCUCAGAUGCUGUCCGUCGACCCCGGUUGCCGGGGCGACCGCCAGGCCAGCGGCCGUCAGGAAGUGUCGGUGGCAUCCGUCGACCAGGAGGCGCACAGCAACGCCUUUAUCCGCUCCGUCCCGCUGGCCGAGGAGGAAGACUUUGACAGCAAAGAGUGGGUGAUCAUCGACAAAGAGGCGGAGCUACGAGACUUCCAGCCGACCACGUCAGGAACCACUGACGAGGAGCCCGAGGAGCUCCGCCCUCUGGAGGAGCAGGAGGAGAGGAGGAGGCUCAGGGCUGCAGGGGAGCUGGUCGUCCGGCCAAAGACCCACACCAGGGAGAGCAGCCGAGGGAUGCUAACGCUAACAGAGGAGGAGGCGUCAAGGAGGAGCGGCGGCAGCCCCGCCCAAUCGCCCUGUCACUCGCUGCCAUCAGGACGCCCACGCCGGAGAGAGUCGGAGCCCAUUGGACCUCAGAGACCGACGUUGUCGCCGGAGCAGAUCAGCCCGUCGCCGCCGUCUCCGGACUACCGGACGAAGGGUCAGAGCGACGAGAAGGAGCACUUCCACAUCCUGCCUCAGCUGCAGGCCAAGAGGGCCGACUUCCUCACCGUCAUGCUCACCGGCACGCUGCCGCAGCGCCGCAGCUUCGCCGCGCCGGACGAAGAAGUCCAAGAACCCGUGGGGCCGAGGGACGACGACGUCACCAAGAGCGAGUCCAACAGCGAGGCCAGCCAGAAGAGCACCGAGCGCAGCCAGGACGCCGCGCCCUCCACACUCAUGGCCGAAGACCAGCGGGGCCCAAGGGAGCACGCCUCAGCGGCCGACGCAGACCCGGACCUGGAGGACGCCUCCAAAACCCUCGUCCUCUUCUCCCCUGGAGACACCCGGAAGUCGCCCUCUGGUGGCGAUCACGCUCUGGAGGGCGAGCUCGCCACGCCGUGUGCGCUCAACUCCCGCCUCCUGGUUGGGGAGGCGACUCAGCCCGAAGGCGCGGAGACCGGCCGCUUGUCCCCGGCGCUCAGGUCGGACCUGAGGCCGUCCACACCCAUCGCUCCUGCCUCACCGCCCUUCACCAAAGUCGAGCGCACUUUCAUCCACAUCGCAGAGACGUCGCACCUCAACGUCAUGUCUUCCAACGGUCACUCUGCCAGGGACAGCGACCGGGAGGUCCUCGCCAUCAUGAAGGCGUCCGCCGUGGAGGACGACAGCCGAGAGCCGGAGCAGGCCCCGGAGACAGAGGAGUCUCCAGAGGAGGUGGUGCCCGACCAACCAGCAGACAAAUACCCCAAAACUGAGAACGGUCCGUCAGCGGGCCCGGCCCCGUCUCUGGAGCCCGUCCCAGAGGUCUUGUCUCCGGUUCACGAACGCGCUGAUGUGACCCAGGAGUCCCAGAGACCGCCGUCACCCAGUGAGGAUGCUGCCAAGCUUCAGACCACCGCGCCGGAGCCGGCGGCCUCCAAGCCCAGACUCCGAAGUCGGAUCCCGGUCCUCAUCUCGGAGGAGGACUCGGGCUCGGAGCAGUCCUCGUCCCUCUCGGCUCGCGCUCGGCUGCAGCAGCGCGCCCGGCAGCUGGAUUUGGCCCGCAUGCUGGUCCAGAAGCAGCAGGGCCGCUGGAUGAGGCGGAGGAUGCUGUCCGGGACGUCCUCAUCCCUGUCCUCCGGGGACGAGGAGCGUCGGAGGGCAUCUGAGACUCUGUCAACCGCCGGCUCCGAGGAGGACACGCACACCUCGGACGAGUCCAAGAGGAGCUCCCGUCUCAAACCCACCGAGGAGCAGGGGUCCAAGGAGAGCAGGAGCAGGAUCCCGCGGCCCGUCACCCCCAUCAAGAGGCCGUCAGGAGGACUCGCUGCCGCCGCUCCGUCUCCUCUGUCCGUCACAGAGUCCAGCGGAACCAGAGGAGCGCCGUCCUUCACCAACGGGAGUCAGAAGAUCGGACUCAGCACUCUCAGCACUCAACGAAAACCCAAACCCGUGUCCCCCAGGUCAUCCUCCUCGUGUCCCCGUCCGUCCGCCGGCCCAUCCGGCAGCCCUCGAAUGCCCCUGCGAGUCCUUUUUGGGACCCGCCGCAGCCUUAGCUCCACCCACUGCAGGACUGACAGCCCCUCCCCUCAGAGAGUCUGUCCGUCCAGGCAGCCGCUCUCCGUCCGGGCCCCGACCGUCCCCGUGCUCCCGCCCAGGACUGCCACCACCAUGCGGCGCAGCGCCUCGCAGGAAGCCACCGCGCAGACCUCCUCCGGCACCACGCCCUCCAGGACCAGGCCCAAAGCAGCCGGCGCCGCCAAGGGGAAGCCGAACGGCAGGGAGAAGGCGGUGCCCGCUAGAUAAUACAAAGAGACUCCCCGCUGAGACAUGUUUGUGUGUAAUCUGACGCCUCAAAGGUUCUCGUCUGACUCCCCGUCAGACUGAGACGCCACAAUCACCUCCGGCUCAUCUCACGCACUCUGACCUCGCCUUUCCUCCACGGACGGCCGACUCCGCUUUCUUCACGGGCUUCCAGUAAUCCUGACUGACUGUCGCUGAGGAGCGCUGCUGCCAUGGUGCUACGACGCGUCUGCCGC